CCCUGUGCCAGCGCAUGCGCCCGCCUGUGGGCGCUGUCCCGGGCUGCGAGGGCCGCGAGCGCACCGACAGACGAACCGACCGACGGAGGACUGGCUGCGGGCCGGACAGACGGGGUAGCGCUGGGAACUGGGAUGAGGCGGGACAGCGACAUGACAGGCCACAUACAACAGCCAGGCGGGCGCGGGAACCCCGGCCCUGCGCCCUCGCCUUCCCCGGGUCCUGGCCCUGGCCCGGGCGCCUCGGAGCGGGUGGCACUCAAGAAAGAGAUCGGGCUGGUGAGCGCUUGCACCAUCAUCAUCGGGAACAUCAUUGGCUCAGGCAUCUUCAUCUCACCCAAGGGUGUCCUGGAACACUCAGGCUCCGUGGGUUUGGCCCUCUUCGUCUGGGUCCUGGGUGGGGGCGUGACAGCUCUGGGCUCUCUCUGCUAUGCAGAGCUGGGUGUCACCAUCCCCAAGUCUGGUGGGGACUACGCCUAUGUCACUGAGAUCUUCGGGGGCCUGGCUGGAUUCCUCCUGCUCUGGAGUGCUGUCCUCAUCAUGUACCCCACCAGCCUGGCUGUCAUCUCCAUGACCUUCUCCAACUAUGUGCUUCAGCCUGUCUUUCCCAACUGUAUCCCCCCAGCCACAGCCUCUCGAGUACUCUCCAUGGCCUGCCUGAUGCUCCUGACAUGGGUGAACAGCUCCAGCGUACGCUGGGCCACGCGCAUCCAGGUUAUCUUCACUGGCGGGAAGCUGCUGGCGCUGUCUCUUAUCAUCACCGUUGGCUUUGUCCAGAUCUUCCAAGGACACUUUGAAGAGCUGAGACCCACCAAUGCCUUCGCCUUCUGGAUGACACCAUCUGUGGGUCACCUGGCCCUGGCUUUCCUCCAAGGUUCUUUUGCCUUCAGUGGCUGGAACUUCCUCAACUAUGUCACCGAGGAGCUGGUUGACCCUCGCAAGAACCUACCUCGUGCCAUCUUCAUUUCCAUCCCACUGGUCACCUUUGUGUACACAUUCACCAAUGUCGCCUACUUCACUGCCAUGUCCCCCCAGGAGCUGCUGUCCUCUAACGCGGUGGCCGUGACCUUCGGCGAGAAGCUGCUGGGCUACUUUUCGUGGGUCAUGCCUGUCUCUGUGGCACUCUCUACUUUUGGAGGGAUCAAUGGCUACCUGUUCACCUCGUCCAGGCUAUGCUUCUCUGGAGCCCGAGAGGGACAUUUACCCAGCUUUCUGGCCAUGAUUCAUGUCAGACGCUGCACCCCAAUCCCUGCCCUCCUUGUCUGUUGCGGGGCCACAGCGGUCAUCAUGCUCGUGGGUGACACAUACACACUCAUCAACUAUGUGUCCUUCAUCAACUACCUCUGCUACGGAGUCACUAUCCUGGGCCUGCUUGUGCUGCGCUGGAGACGGCCGGCACUCCACAGGCCCAUUAAGGUGAACCUCCUCAUUCCUGUUGUGUACUUGGUGUUCUGGGCAUUCCUGCUGGUCUUCAGCUUCAUCUCGGAGCCCAUGGUCUGUGGGGUUGGCAUCAUCAUCAUCCUCACUGGGGUCCCCGUCUUCUUCCUGGGAGUGUUCUGGAGAAGCAAACCAAAGUGUGUGCACAGGGUCACAGAGUCCAUGACACGCUGGGGCCAGGAGCUGUGUUUCGUGGUUUACCCCCAGGGCUCCCUGGAGGAGGAGGAAAAUGGCCCCAUGGGCCAGCCCUCCCCAUUGCCCAUCACGGACAAGCCCUUGAAGACACAAUGAGAUCUUGUAGAGACUGGAACAGUGGAUUCUGUUUACAUGUUGUUUAUUGAGAAGGAAUUUGUGUUUUGUUUUGUUUUCAAAAAUUUUUUUUCUGCAAAAAGAGAGAGAGAGAGAGAGAGAGAGAGAGAGAGAGAGAGAGAGAGAGAGAGAGACCCAACCCUUAGAGGCCUAUUGUAAGGGACUGGCCACUGGGGUCAGGCUUCCUGCCUUAGCAAUGCCCUGCUAGCUUCUCCAGAAAUGCCUGUAAAUAAACAGGGCUGGUUGUUGCUGUGUG